CUGGAAAUGUAUGAAUGGUGUUGUUUUGUUACGCGUGCGUUUUUGUACGGAUGCCCAUCUGUCGUAUGAUACGCGAUACGCCGACGUCUCGACAAGACCCGACGUCCGGCUUCGCUUGCCGCCGUUACCGAAGGUCUUCUCACGCUUGCUGAUAAAAGUGCCGACGCCUGCCGAGGAAAGAAAUGGCUCCGCAAGUCAUACGCGCCGCGACCUACCUUAGCCCCGGAAUCCCCGUAGAGUUCUUUCAGGCCGUGCUGGAUUACCUCGAGCAGAGGCUGGACGUGCACACCACGUUGACUUACGAGUCCCGCUGGUUCGGACCUCCAGCCGACCGGCGCGACCCUUUUGCCCACGGAGACGUCGACAUUGCCUUCAUGAGCCCGCUCGCUUUCGUCCGCAUGCACGAUGCGGGCAACGAGCACGUCGAGCUGCUACCAGUUUCGUCCGUGCACAAGCACAGCAAGGGUGGCGACGAUGCGGGCCACUUCGCGGACGUAAUCGUCAACGCCGACUUGAAGGCAGCCAACGUCGACUCGUUCGAGAAACUACGCGGCUGCCGGUGGGCCUAUACGGGCCCGGAGUCCUUCAGCGGCAAUCAGAUAACUCUCCAGGUGCUCAAGCGACGCGGCGAGACGGCAACGUUUUUUGGCAACAAGCUGCCCUCGAAGUCGCACCUGGACUCCAUCUACAUGGUUCUCAACAAGCAAGUGGACGCCGCCGCUGUAGACGCGAACUGCUUGGCGCUGUUCUUCGACCGCAACCCGUUCUACAAGGAUCAGGUGUUCGUGAUCGAGUCCUGGGGAUCGCUGCCCCCGUACCCCAUAGUUGUCAGGAGAGAGCUGCCCCAGGAAACCAAGCUGGCCCUUAAAGACGCGUUACUCGAGAUGUCGCAGUUCUCCGAGGGCGCCAAGCAGCUCGCUCAGUUCAGAGUAAAGCGAUUCGCGCCUGUCAGCAUGGAUCAGUUCCUGGCAUUCAAGGAGGACGUGAGAGAAACGUCAAAGCUUACCUUUGACUCGGUGUAUUACUGAAAUACUCGAACGGCGUUUCCUCGAAGGACCGAGACCAUAUAUAAUGUAUACGCGGCUAUAUAUAAUUGCCGCUCGCUUAGCGUACUUAAAGAAAAAAAAAGACGAAAGCCGUAUCUAGCUUCUUUAAUAUAAUCGUGGUUAAGGCAUGUAGAGAAGGAAUUGCUUGCUUUAACGAGUUGACUUUUAAAUACUGUGAUAGUAUUCACGUGCUCAAAAUGUGCUGCUUGGCAAGUUGUGUUCUUGGGCUCAAGUGGCCAUAGAUUUAGCGAAAUACCGCAACAUUAUUUGUGCCCAACAAACUUCCAUAACACGAGGAAUUUUCUGGGUAAAUAUUUUAGGCGGUAGGCAUAUCCAAGCCCGUUGUCAACUUCUCUAUCUAGCUCCUGAAUAUAAUCGUGGUUAAGGCAUGUAAAGAUAGCAUUGCUUGCUUUAAAGGGGCCCACAACUGGCCACGUUUUAGAGAGUUUCUGGUGGAAACGAAAAGACCGUGAAUUGACGUAACCAUUCUUUUGGUGAGCUAAGUGCAGCCUAGCGGGACAGCCUUGAAGCUUGAUUAUGAAGUCUAUUUCUUUGCUGCACGUAACCUCAUAGUCUGGUGCUGUCAUGUGCACCAUAUUAAUUAUUGCACAUUAUUGACCACCACCCUAAAAAUUCUGUGCUUACUUGGUACAAAGCAGGGUGACAAGUGGUCUAUGUGGAGUCAAGGAACAUGCGCAGUAAACCACCGUGCUAAAACGCAAAUCGCUCUCGCAUGCAAUGUUUGCAACAUGCAUUGUCCCCUGUGUAUAGCUUUAUAUGCACCACAGAUAGAAAACUUGUUUAGAAAUGUUUUGUGGCAUUUUCCACGUUACCAAUCCGCCGUUAGAUACUCGUACUGGUAACCUUUUCUUUGUGCUGAAGAAAAUAGCUACAAUUAAAAUUAGUAGUCGGUCCCUUUGACGAGUAGGCUCUUGGAUAGUGUGAUGGUAUUUUCUACAUGCUCAGUGUGUGUUGUUCGGCAAGUUAUGUGUUUGGGCACAAGUGUAGCUUUAGCAAAAGACCAGUUGUUAUUGUUUAUGCCCCACAAACCUCUCUGAAUGUUGUGAAAUCCUAUCCUGUUCGUCGCAAGUGGACUUUCACUGUUCCUUCUUAUGCAAUAUUCCGAAGCAAACCUUUUGGUAGUAGCAUUUUUCUGGGAAUGUGUUGGAGUAUAUUACGUAUCCAAGUUUUUAAUUGGGAGGUUUGUUUGCAUUGGUGUAACAACUCAUGUGUGCAUGAGUAGUGUGAAAAUGAAGCUGGUGCUGGGCAAGUGAGAUAAUGUGCUGAUAGUAAUCUGUAUAGAUUUCUUUAUUAAAUAUAUAUAAUUUUUUACAUUUCAGGAGUGUUUAGGCCAGUCUGAAUAAAACAUGGUGAUCUAAC